AUUGAAAAUGUAAAGUAACAAACUUAACGGUCCGGUUUAGCCCUCUAAAUUCUAAUCAUACCACUCCCUGUAACUGGAGUAAGUACACAGAAAAAUAAAAAAAAAAUGAGAGAGAGGUGGCAAAGAUGAAGUGAAGGAGGUGAGAGACGGAAAGCAAAGCAAAGGGGAUCGUCACGAGAAUCAGUGGCAAGUCUUAGCUUUUAGUAUUUGAGCUCUGAAUUUUUCUCCUUUAUCUUCUUUUUUUGAUCAGCCAUCUUCAUAAGAUCCUCGUGAUUCCACUCGCCUUGUCUCUCCCUUUUCAGAGGUUUCAUUUUGCUUCCAACUUCUCCCAAAGUUCGAAACUUUUCACUAUGAACGGCGACGGAACUUGGCUUCACGACGCUGGUGAACAAUCUCAGGCAGGCAAUGAUAAUGAUGAAUCUGGCUCGUGGGUCAGAAACACAGAAGAAAACUGGUUCAAUAACCCACAACCACUACACCACGGUUCUCAAACCAUCCUCCAUAACAACAACCAAAACGACUUCAGAUUCAGUGGUGGGUUUCCCUCAAACCCCUCAGAGAAUCUACUUCUCCUUCUUCAGCAAUCUACUGAUACAUCUUCUCAAUUGCAACACUUCACACUCGACCCUACUCCACAAGAACAACAACAACAAUCUUUCUUAGCUACCAAAGCAUGCAUCACUUCUCUCCUCAACGUCCCCACCAGCAACAACAACAACCCUUUUGAUGAACUCGGUUUCAGUUCUGGGUUUUUCGGACAAACACAUGUAAACCAGACUCCAAACUCAAUGAGUUUCGCUGGAAUGAGUUCACCGCCGGAAAACACCGCCGGAGUAAGUAACAGAUUCAGUCCUCUGGAGUUUACAGGAGUCGCUAAUGGAGUUUUCGAGAACAGAGCCAAGGUUCUGAAACCACUAGACGUCUUAGCUUCGUCCACCUCGCAGCCGACACUGUUCCAGAAACGAGCUGCGAUGCGUCAGAGCUCAAGCAGCAAAACGUGCAACUCGGAGUCCUCCUCAGAGAUGAGGAGAUCAAGCUACGAGCCUGACAUCGAUGACGCAAGUACUGGAAUCAUCGACAUCAUCUCUGAUGAACAUAACAAAGGCAAGAAGAAAGGCAUGCCUGCUAAGAAUCUAAUGGCUGAGAGAAGAAGAAGGAAGAAGCUUAACGACAGGCUUUACAUGCUUAGAUCGGUCGUUCCCAAGAUCAGCAAAAUGGAUAGAGCAUCUAUACUUGGUGAUGCUAUUGAUUAUCUUAAAGAGCUUUUACAGAGAAUCAACGAUCUUCAUACCGAACUUGAGUCUACUGCUCCACCGAGUUCUUCAAGCUUGAAUCCGUUAACACCGACCACGCAAACGCUAAGUUACCGUGUUAAGGAAGAGUUGUGCCCUUCUUCUUCCUUCCCAAGCCCUAGAGGCGAGCAAGCAAGAAUUGAGGUUAAGUUAAGGGAAGGGAAGGCAGUGAACAUUCACAUGUUCUGUGGACGACGACCUGGUCUUUUGCUUUCGACCAUGAGAGCUUUGGAUAAUUUAGGGUUGGAUGUUCAACAAGCUGUUGUUAGCUGCUUUAACGGGUUUGCUUUGGAUGUUUUCCGCGCUGAGCAAUGCCAAGAAGGCCAUGAUGUGGUGCCUGAACAAAUCAAAGCAGUGCUUUUAGACACUGUCGGUUACACCGGUUUGGUUUGAUGAGUCCAGUUCUUUUGGGGGAACAGAAAGGAGUAUCUGUGUGAAACAGAGCUAGACUUAAGCCGUCUUUAGUUCAGUCAUUUUCUUAUUACUUAGUUCCAUCAAAAGUUUUAACCAUGUAUUCAUAAGAUAAUUGUUUUAUCUUUAGCUUUGAAACAAAACAUGUGUUUUGCUUCUUUUCAACUUUUUAUUUAGCUUUUUGAGAAAUGUGUGUUUCCAAUG